GUAAUCAUAAUGAUAAUGAUAAUACUACUUUCAGAGUUACAGUGAGAAUACUUGUAGACACAUGUGUGUUGAAAUUAAAUUUAAAAAGACAGAACUUUAAUGCAAUAUAAAUAUUGUUUUCCUAAACAUUAUUUUAGACAUAUAGAAUAAAAAUGAAUGUUAUACCAUGCAUGACUUGGGUGAAGAAAGGAGUCGCAGCUAAGAAUCCUGUGAAGGUUGAAUUAACGCCGACAGAAUUAAAGAAAAUAUUAGAGGAGAAACAAUCGGAGUUACAUGCCGAUGUUGAGGACGAAGACAAUGAAGUUUCGAAGCAAGAAAAUGAAACUGAGAUGCAGUCUAACAUCAUUCAACAGGAUGAAUAUGGUUUCGACAACUAUGAUGAAGAAUCUGGUAGCAUACAUUGCUCUAUUGGUAAUAUCACAACAUUUGAUAAUUAUGGGAAAGAUCCUUUAAUAACAAAGGACGACGAUGACGACGAUUCAGAGAAGGAAGAUGAUGGUAUAAAAAUCAAUGACAACCUUGUGGUGAUAGGGCACGUUGAUGGAGAUGCAAGUAUCUUGGAAAUAUAUGUUUACAAUGAAGCAGAAGAUUCUUUUUAUUGUCAUCAUGACAUAUUAUUACCAUCGUUUCCAUUGUGUAUAGAAUGGCUCAACUUUGAUCCUGCAGACUCAAAACCAAGUAAUUUAUGUGCGCUUGGUAGUAUGAGCCCCAUUAUUGAAGUAUGGGAUUUAGAUUUAGUAGACUGUUUAGAACCAGCUUACAAACUUGGUCAUAAACCAAGCAAAAAAAAGAACAUAAAACGUAUUGGACAUAAAGAUGCGGUUUUAGAUUUGGCUUGGAAUCAGAAUUACACGCAUGUGCUAGCUAGUGGAUCAGUUGACCAAACUGUUCUGUUAUGGGAUUUAGAAAAUGGUACACCUGUUAAUAAAAUUACCUCUUUUGAUGAAAAAAUUCAAUCGUUAAAAUGGCACCCAACAGAAACGCAUCAAUUAUUAACAGGCUGUGCAGAUAAAAUGGUUAGAUUGUUUGACUGCAGAGACCAAACAGUUAUAAACUCUUGGGAGACAUCGGGGGAAGUAGAAAGAGUAUUAUGGAAUCAAUUUGAUCCAAACUACUGUAUAACAAGCACAGAUAAUGGUCACAUGCUGUAUUUCGAUAUCAGGCAAAAUAAACCAAUUUGGAGUAUAGAGGCUCAUACCAAAGAAGUUACAGGUCUGUCUCUAAGCUCAUCAUGCCCUGGUUUCCUUGUUACUUCCUCAAACGAUGGCGUUAUAAAAGUGUGGGAUAUAAUUAAACACGAAGAGCCGUCGUGUGUUUGGGAGAACAAAACUAAUCUCGGUGCUUUAUUAUGUCUCGCGUCAAGUCCAAAUAAUCCUCUUACUUUCUCCGCUGGCGGCGAUAACAAGUCGCACAAUCUUAGAAUAUUCGACUUCGCUAAAAUAGCGAAAGUGUACGAAAGAUUUGAAGAUAGGAUACCGAAAAGUAACAAUCACAAUGAAAUGAUGGAUAUAACACAUAAUGUAGGAUCAAUAAUGCUUAGUAACGACAGUGGCUCUAAUACUACGUUUGAAAAGAAGACGAAGAAUAAAUUUAAGAAAUCUCUAAAAUCUAAAUGACAAAUUGUACUAAUGUUGAAUUCAGCAAAGACUGUACAUAAGAGGUACUAAGUGUUCUGUUAUAUUUUGUAUGGUACUUGAUACAAAUAAAAUUUUCAAAAAAAUCACAACGGA